AUGGGAUUAUGCUUUCCUCGGUCUAAGGAUGAUAGAAGUCCAAGCACAAAAAGUCUCAACUCGCCUUCUAUAGACGAAUAUUUGCCGCGUCGGCUUUCUGUUGUUCCAAUUAAUAAUACACCAAGUGCAGAAGACCCGUUUUGCAACUCUCCGGGGCUUUCUCCACAAGAUUUUAAGGAUUUUAAUAAUCGACGAAGCUAUCCUUCGAGAUCUGUAUUAAAAAUCGAAGGAAAAAUGGGUUCACGGCACCAAAAGAGCUUUGAAGGGAAGAGGGUGAAUAUUAUAGGUGACUCUGGCCCUGAAAUUAUGCGAAAAUUAGGAAUUGCAGUAACUUGUAAAAAAGGCUUGAAACUGAAUUUGCCGAACCAAGAUGAUUUUACAAUAGUGAUUGAUGAGAAUUGUUAUUAUUUUGGCGUGUUUGACGGACAUGGAAAUGACGGCCAUGAAGUAUCAAAUUAUGUUAGGCGUUAUUUGCCUAUGCAGAUUAUGGCUCAUGAUUUAUUUGAAAUUGAUAUAUUGAGAGCCUUUACUGAUUGCUACUUGAAAAUUAAUCAAACUUUAGAAACCCUUGGGAGCGGCAAAGAUGCAGAAUUUGAUACUUUGUUGUCAGGGACAACUGCGACCAGUAUAAUUGUAAAAAAUAAUCAUCUUUAUAUAGGCCAUGUUGGUGAUUCUCGCGCUAUUUUAGGGUUGAAAAGAGAGGAUGGUUAUGAGGCAUUUAGGGUAACAAUUGAUCAUAAACCGAUGCUUCCUGAGGAGAAAAAAAGAAUUGAGUCGAAAAAAGGACAAGUAAAAAGAUUGGACAAUGAUAUUCCAUACAGAAUAUAAUGUAUUUAAUUGAAUUUGAUAUUAUAGAUAGCCUAUAUUUAGAUUUAUAAAGUCAAUUAAAAAUAAUAUAUUUGUCAAAGAUCAAAAUUAUCCAGGGUUGUCUACGUCUAGGGCCCUUGGAGAUUUAUUGGCUCAAAAGGUUGGAGUUAUACCUGAUCCUCAGAUAUGUGAAAUGGAAAUCAGCAUAAAUACAGAAUAUUUAAUUAUAUGCAGUGAUGGGGUAUGGGAGUUCAUAAGUGACCAAGAAGCACUUGAGACAGUGGCUUCUUUUGGGAAAAAUGUAGAGCUCGCAGUUGAAGCGUUAGCAACUCUUGCAUAUGAGAGGUGGAUUGAAAACGAAAAAGAUAUCUCGGAUGAUAUCACUGUCAUUAUAGUGCUGAUGCCAUCUCUCUUAAAUUUUGGGAACGUAUAA